GACCAGCGCCUUAUCCAUUGGGCCACGGAGUCUUUGUUGACAGUGUUUUGGUAAGUAAUUUUGUUCACCGUGAAACUUAUGAACAUUGUAACUUGUAAGUAGUUGGAGGUUGAAACCACAACCUACAUAAUGCACUCUCUGACUAAACAGUAAGUACCAUUCUACUUUGCACUUAAGUUUCCACAUACUUGUUUUAUCAUGGAUUGCAAGUUACAUGAGGAACCUAACAUCAAACCAAGACUCACAGUUCAUGGUUUGGUACAAUUUCUAAAAUCUUAUAUUGAUCAAGGUGACUAUAUAAACCCCCACAAAGUGCGCUUCUUUCCAAGAAAAAUGUUUUUAGUUGAAGAAUCACCAGACUAUCUUCAAGUCUUUUCUGAUGGAACUGUGAAACGCUUUGCACCUGGAGUAGUCCCUGCCUCAUCAGAACCCUCUGAUGGAUACAAGUUCAAGGAUGUCAUCAUCGACGCCGCGAAACCAAUUACUGGGAGGAUUUUCAUUCCUAUUGAGAUUGCAGCAUCCACAGCUAAGCUUCCAGUUGUGGUUUAUUUUCAUGGUGGAGGCUUCUGCAUCGGCUCAACCACAUGGAUUGGUUACCAUCAUUUCCUAGGAGACUUAUCUGUUGCAUGCCAAUCGAUUGUUCUUUCAGUUGACUACCGUUUGGCUCCAGAGAACCGGCUUCCCAUAGCUUAUGAAGACUGUUAUGAAUCACUUGUUUGGCUUGGUCACCAAGCAAGCUGUGAUCCAUGGCUGAACAGGGCGGACCUCUCCCGGCUUUUCCUAUCCGGGGACAGUGCUGGAGGGAACAUAGCACAUAAUGUUGCUGUGAAAACUAUGUGGAAUCCAAUCAUUCAUGUCAAGAUAGGAGGACUGUUGUCGAUUCAUCCUUAUUUUGGGAGUGAAAAGAGAACUGAGAAAGAAAUGUCGACAGAUGAUGAGGCAGUUAGGAAUGUGGCAAGCAAUGACAUGUUCUGGAGACUUAGCAUACCUGAAGGUGACAAUCGCGAUUAUUUUGGAUGUAACUUUGACAGGACAGAGCUGUCUCUAACCCAAUGGCGCAACGAAUUUCCUGCUGUGACAGUUUACGUGGCUGAAUUGGAUUUUUUGAAAGAGAGGGGUGUAAUGUAUGCAGAGUUUUUGCAGAGAAAAGGAAUUGAGGUGAGGCUGGUUGAGGCCGAGAAUGAGUCCCAUGUGUUUCAUAUUUUCAAACCCGAUUGUGAGGCAACCCGUUUGCUUCAGAAAAACAUGAAAGAGUUCAUUUGGAACUCUUAGCUGCUAACUCAGAUUAACAGAUGAUCAUUACUGAGAGAUGAUAAUGAACAAAAUAGAAAAUAAUGCAGAUAUCAAAGCCUUGUAUUUCCUUUAUAAUCUUACUCAUCAUAUAAUCAUUUGUGAUUAUUAUGUAUCAUUUAUGCAAUAUUGAAGAUGCAAUCGCAUAUAAUUAUAUGGA